AAGGAUACUUACAAAAUGCAAUUAAUAGAUUAUUAUAGUGGCAUGAUCUUCAGGAUUUCGAUCACUCUAUUACUGACAUGGUUUUUUAUCCAAGUUCAUUCUCUCCAAUGCAACAAAAAACCCGAGGGAGUUGUUCCCUUCUGGUCCAACCCCCAUAACAAAGUUCAUUUGGAAAUUUUAGGAAAUCCAGAAGGAUACAUGCCUAAAGAAAGAUAUACUGUAAAGUUAGUGGCUCAAGCACAGCCGUUUACCGAAUUCCUCCUAACAGUGGAAAAUGAAAAUGGGGAAGUGACAUUCCCAGAUGCAACAUCUUCCUCGGUGGGAAAAUUGGAUCUUGGAGAUGACGUACUGUUAAAAUUCAGCGACAAAUGUCCCAACGCUAUCAUGCAAACAAAUGAUUUGCCGAAAACGGAAGUGAAGGUGUACUGGAUAGCGCCUGAACCACAAAGUGGAUGCGUUUAUUUUAAGGCAACAGUUGUUGAAUCUCCGAGGGUAUGGUACAGUGAAGAAGGACCUUUAACUAUAAAAAUAUGUGAAGCCACCGAUGAUGGGGAAUCUUUACCCUCAAUUCUCGAGCGAUGUUGUGCGUGUCCAGAAGCUAAAUAUGAGGUGACGUUUGAAGGUUUAUGGUCAAGAAACACCCACCCCAAAGAUUUCCCGGAAGAUAAAUGGAGUACUAAAUUCAGCGACGUGAUAGGUGCAUCUCACAGUGUGGAUUAUUCUUUUUGGAAUUACGGCGAGCUUGCAAAUGACGGAUUAAGACAACUCGCGGAAAAUGGUAACACACGCGAACUCGAAAAAGAAUUAAAAGACAAUAGCAGACACAUUCGGACGAUAAUAAAAGCAAGAGGAAUCAGUUAUCCAAACAUUACUGGAAAAACAUUUGCUGUUUUUCGAGUGGACAACAUACAUCAUCUUAUCUCGUUGGUGUCAAUGAUAUUCCCGUCUCCCGACUGGUUUGUUGGUGUCUCGAAUUUGGAACUUUGUUUAAGAAAUUGUUCAUGGAUAGAAUCUAAAGUGCUAAAUUUGUAUCCCGUUGAUGCUGGUAUUGAUGAUGGAGUAACAUAUAUGGAUCGCGACAGUCCGUCCAAUCCUCCUUUACCUAUUCGCCAGCUGAAGUCCAACAGCCCUAAUUUCCGGGAAUCCCCGUUUUAUGAUGAAUCUGGGGAACCAAUAAAACCAUUUGCAAGAAUUUACUUAUCGAGGCAGCGAUUGUACGAAAAGAACUGCGAUUUUGACGAAAAUGUAGAAUCCUCAAAGCCGAAUUGUGAACUAGGACCGUGGGGAGAAUGGAGCUCGUGCUCAGUCACAUGUGGAAAAGGUGUCCAAUAUAAACAAAGGUCCCUUUUGAGUAACAAUCCCGAAGAAUGUACUGCGGAUUUGACUAUGAGACGAGUUUGUUGGGGAAUGGAAGAAAAUUGCAGGGAAUCAUUUUCGUCCACGUUAAGAGAAGAAACAUCGGUGGACCCACUUUGCGAAUUAACCGAAUGGGGAAAUUGGUCGAGUUGUAGCGAAACGUGUGGCACUGGGACAAAAACUAGAAGCAGAAGAUACAAAAAUCGAAUUGCCGCUAAACGUUGUGCAGCCAGUCAGGAAUCUCCUCCAGUUUUGGAACAAAACAUGGCUUGCCAAGGCGACGGAAGCGACUGUCCAACAGAAUUGCCGAAUUACGAUGAUUGUCCACGAAUACCCUGGAGCUAUUGGUCGCCUUGCUUAACAUUUUGCGGAAAAGGAUUGAAAGUACGACACCGAAUUUUCGAUUCAAGUUCGAUGAACAGAAUGAAUCCAAUCAAUAGCUUGGAAAGGGAUGAAGAAGGAAGUGAGACAGAAGACGAAUGUGCUAAUAUCAAAAAAGUGGAAACCGUAGAAUGUAUCCAUGAAGAAAGACCAAUUUGUGAAACAACUUCUCAAGAACCAAGGUUUAUUUGCAACAUGCCCAAAGACGAAGGCCCUUGCAAAAGUAACACUGCUAGAUGGUACUUCGAUUCGAUAACAGAAAAAUGCGAAAUCUUCCGAUAUAGCGGAUGCCAAGGAAACGAAAACAAUUUUGUUUCUCAGCAAGAAUGCGAAAAAGUUUGCGGAGAUUAUCAAAAGGAACUGGUUUAUAACAGAACAAAUAAAAAAUUGCAACUUGGAGCAAGUGUAUCAAGCGUUUUGUCCUACGGUAUGCUGCUUCAAAAUGACGCUGCAAUUUAUGCGCCUAUCAUUUCUUCGGAAUCGUAUACUGUCCCUCAGGAUUGUGAGGUCACUCCUUGGUCAAAAUGGACCGAAUGCAGAACUGAUGCUUCAUGUGGUGAAGGAAUAAAAAUGAAAUUCAGAAACAUUAAGAAAUAUCCCUCAGAAGGUGGAAAACAAUGCGGUGAUUUAGUAAAGACAAAAGAAUGUAGAAUCAGAUGUUCAAAUGACAAACAAAAACGUAACAAAGGAAGCAAAAAUGAGAACGCAGCAUCGAAAGAACAAGAAUUUGCAAAAAGAAACCUUUGUGAAAUGUCCAAAUGGUCCGCUUGGUCACCAUGUACCCAAAGUUGUGGCUCUUCCGCUGUACAGCAAAGAACCAGGGUAAUAAUUAGAAGAAACGUAGCUUACGGACUUCCUUGUUCAGAAAGGGUGGAGGAAAGGAGUUGUAAUUUAUUACCGUGCAAUGAUUAAGAAAGGAAUUCAACUUGAGUAAAAAGAGCAAAAAAAAUUACGAUUAGUUUUUCGCUCAAUUGUAUAUCACAUAUUUAACGCACUAACAUAGUUUUCAAAUAUAAAUGCAAAAAAGUGAUAAUCAAAAAUCACAAUGUUGUAAUAAUUUAAUUAUGCACUUCAAAAAAAUAUUAAUUUUUUAGUCACUCAAAACUAUCUAAACAAAUAAAAUAGUUGAAACAGUUUGGUGAAUUACCCUGAACUGAGUAGUCUCCGACUUUACUACAGUUAAAUUUAAUUUAUCUCCAAAAUUUUAUAUUGAAAGUCACGCUGAUUUAUAAAUAAAAAAAAAACAUUUUAUUUUUAUAAUGAAAUUUAAUUGAAUGAAUAUUAAUUUACAAUUGAUUGAUUUGACCCUUACUUAAUGAAAAAUCCAUAGUAAAUAAAUGGGAAAACAAUUUAAAUAUUAUUAGUAAAACUAGCUUAUAUUAAAUAUACCAAUGACAAAAUUUACAAUAAAGAAUUGAGUAUCAUUAAUCAAAUAGGAGUCAAUAAUAGUUAAUGAAAAAUCUGGAGUUUAUAUAUGUUGCUUAUAUAGGUCAAACGGAAAGAAACAUUAAUAUACGUUUAAAUGAACACAAAAACAAUUUUUCAAAAAUAAAAAAGAUUCCACUUAA